AGACGCAGGACGUAAAGCUUGACAUCAUUUCUCCUCAGUACAUGCAAUAGUGGAUUCUGCGUUUACUCGUCCACAGUCGAUAGCGGAGAGCAGGGUGGUUCUUUUGCAGAACUGGGUAUUCAUUAAUAUGAGGAUUAAAAUUUGAGCUGAGACGCCUACAGCUGAACAGAAAGGAAGUGAACCUGCUUCGUCAUCCGGCUCGUUUCCUUUCCUCUUUUGAACAUCGAGAAAUAUCAUGUCUGUCUUCUUUUAGCAUGUUCCACUGUGAGAACUUGUGCUUUGGCUUUGCAAAAUCAUGACAGGACGGAGAGACAGAACGAAGUCAUAAUGGACUGAAUAGCCUUUAAGAUCCAGUCAUGAACUCAAUGGAUUGAAGAUCAUGUCAUUUCCCACCUCAUAUGCCAUUUUGUUUUUGUAAAGCAACUGAUCACAGACCAUAAAACCCACAAUCCAUUUGGCAGGAAAGAGCCAGACGUGAAUUCCGGUUGCUGCGGUGGUUCUUUGAAAUCUUUUCCUCCUCAAAAUCUACCCUGAAGUUUAGUCUGCCUUAACCAUGAUGUUGAAAAGAAAACUGUGCUUAGGUGCUUUGCUAGGUGCUAUUUUGUUUUUAAUGAUAGCUGCUCACACCAUUCAGAAAGCCGGUGUUGUGCCCAUCACGGAUUUACCCACUCACCAUGAUGUCAGGAUACCAGUGAAGAACCAGACACAGUUACAGACCGUCACGGAGGCAAGACGAGGUGAUUCCUGUAGCUGUACAUCAUGUGUAGCAGACACAGGUGUGUCAGCGUGGUUUGACCAACACUAUGAUCAGAAACAGAAACCUUACCUCACCGGCAGCGAUGAUGACAUAGAUCCGCUUUCUCUUAAGUGGUGGCUGUCUCUGCAGGCAUCUGAUGGAACGAUUAAGGAUGUCAUGCAGAAGAUGUUUAAGAUUAUUUCCCCUCCACAUGAGCAUGAAACGCCACAGCAGAACCAGUGCCGGAAGUGUGCAGUUGUUGGUAACUCAGGGAAUCUGUUAAAGUCCAAAUAUGGAGCCUUGAUAGAUUCUCACUCAACAGUUAUUAGAAUGAAUAAGGCUGUAACUGUGGGUUAUGACGAGGAUGUUGGUAACCGAACCACCCACCACUUCAUGUACCCAGAGAGUGCCAUUAAUCUAAGACCGGGAGUCCAUCUCGUCCUCCUUCCCUUCAAGCUGAAAGACAUGCAAUGGUUGUCCAGCGCCCUUUCCACUGGAGAGAUUAAAAUGACGUACAUGAGAGUGAAAAAUCGUGUAGACGCUGAUAAAGACAAGGUGAUGGUCGUAAAUCCGGCUUUCUUUAAAUACACGCAUGACACCUGGACAGAGCGUCAUGGAAGGUACCCGUCCACUGGGAUAGUAGCCAUAAUAUUUGCUCUGCAUCUCUGUGACGAGGUGUCAGUGUUUGGAUACGGGGCGGACGCUCAAGGAAAUUGGCACCACUAUUGGGAGUAUAACAGAUACGCAGGUGCCUUUCGAAAAACUGGCGUCCACAAUGCGGAUUUCGAGACUGAGAUCAUUCAGAGACUCAGCACAGAGGGCAAAAUCAAGCUGUACAGAUGAGCCUGUAAUUGUGGCCUUUACUGACUCUGUAGUGCUUAAAGCCUUGUAAAUGCAGGGCCUGGAUGCACAGCAGCUGAACGAAAGCCAAAGAGACGCCGAUCUGUGAUCCACCCUGCCGUUAAUUGACCACUGUGAACUGCACUGAACCAAACCCACAGACAUCAAGCUGUAGUCCAAGACCAAAUGAACUCUCACAGUAUUUCACUCGUUACGUGCCUGGAAAAAACUAAAAUAAUGACAGAAGUUGCCUUUUUUUUCCCCAAGUCGGGCAUUGGAACUUUUGAAGAAGACAAGCAGUUAGCCAGUUGGCUUGAUCUGAGCCUCUUUGUGUUUCUCUUUCUUAUUAAAUCUGUUCUGACAAGCCUCGCCGUGUCCGCACUGCAAAUCUGCAACAUGAUGUUUCAACAAAGAUUUCAGGGCAUUCACAUCUUUAAGUCAACAUGAAUAAGCAUCCCACUUUUUCUCUGCAACAAUUAGGGAGGAAUAAAAGAUGUAAGACUUUAUUUAUUGGAACAUGAAACUGUUAAAUAACCAGAUUGGACCAUUUGGAAUACAGUUUGGUGAUCCAAAAAGGAAUAUUUCAAAGGACAAUAUUAACGAAAUAUUCUGAAAACUUUUUUUUUUGACUAAAGGCCCAGGUGUACUUCACUUUCUGCAUUUCAUUCCACCUCACAGCUACCUAAAGAUGAAAUAAGUUUAUACAUGUGUACCACAAAUGCCUUUUUUGUGCUCUACCAGACUCCAGGGGGCAGCACUGAGUCGUUUACAGCAGUGUUUCUCAACCACGUUCCAGCUCUGCACAUUUUCCAGGUCUCCUUACCCCAGAGGUGUCCAAACUCAGUUCUGGAGGGCCGGUGUCCUGCUGAGCUUGGCUCCAGCUUAGGUUCAACACACCUGCCAGGAAGUUUCUAAUACAUCUAGCUUGGUUAGCUGGUUCAGGUGUGUUUGAUUAGGGUUGGAGCUAAACUCUUCAGGACACCGGCCCACCAGAUUCGAGCUUGGACACCCCUGCCUUAAUCAAUCACAUCUGAUUCAGCUCCUUAGCAGAUACUGAAAGACCUGUAAUGGGUGUGACAAAGGAGUGUUGGUCAUCCUCCAGGAAAGUGGUUGAGAAACACUGGUUUACAGGAGAGUUCCGUUAAUGCCAAGUUUUCCGUCCAUUUAUGCAACUUUUUUUGUUAGUUUUUUUGCAUUCUGUUUCAGUGUUAAUGCGGCAAUGUGUGUCUAGUGGACAAUUCUAACUUAGCGAUUCCUUUGCGCAUGUAUGCUGGUGUGCAUAGAGGUCUGUUAAUACUCUGUAUGACAUAAAUUGUCAAAGGGACAGUUCGUUGAUCAUUGCGGAUAGUAAAAGUAUACUUUGGGCUAAAAGUGCAGUAUUAAUAAGAUAGUUUACCCAAAACCUGUACAUUAUUAUUAUUAUUAUUAUUAUUAUUAUUAUUAUUAUUAUUAUUAUUAUUAUUUAUAAAGAAAAUAACACUUUGGUUUAAACCUCUUUUGGACCCCAGUGGCUUUCAUUUCAAAGACAAAAAUAAAGCGAUGCUGGGACUUAGGUCCAAAUAUCUUUUUUUGUUCUAAUUAGGAACAACAUGAGAGCGAGUAAACGCUGGCAAGAAUAAAAUGUGCGCACAUGAAGGCCCAGUUUAAAUCAUGUUCAGUAUUUCCAAGUAGACUUGUUUUUGUGUUUCAUUGUUCGCCUUUGAACUGUAAAACUGUCCAUGUGCUUGGACAGUCGCAGGAGGCUGAAGUAUACUUUGGGCUUAACGUCUUAACUGAAAUGCACCGUGGACCAUUGGAGUGUGCCAUUCAGGAGUAGGCCAAAAUUUCAUGUUGACUUUAAACCUCAACCUGCAGUGCAUUGAAAGAAAUCUGAUCCUUGCUGGCAAAAUGAUGCAGAAUGCACAUGAGUGACGUUUUGGUUGAAUUUGUUGUUUUAUUCCCUCAUCUAAUGAUUUAUAUGCUUUAAACAGUAAUUACAUAUCUAAAAUGAGCUGCUUUUCCUUUAUAACACUACUAUUAUUAUUAUUAUUAUUAUUACUACAGAUUUCCAUUUUUCAUAAUACUGAAGAAACUCAUUUGAUCAGUGUUUCUCAACCACGUUCCUGGAGGACCACCAGCUCGGCACAUUUACCAGGUCUCCUUAACCAAACACACACAAAUACUGAUACUGAAAGACCUGUAAUGGGUGUGAAAGACAAAGGAGGCAUGCAAAACAUGCAGUGCUGGUGGUCCUCCAGAAACAUGGUUGAGAAACACUGCAUUAGAUGACUACUAGGUACUGGUAUAAAACAUCAUUGUUCAAUCGUACAUGCUGGACAUUUGUUCAUUGUGUCUCAUUUUGCCAGCACGGGUAAUAUUUUAAGUUUGAGGAUUGUAUUGCUGGGUUCUAGAGUAUUCGUGGGAUUUUUUUUCUUUUCUUGUAUGUGCGCUGAAGUUGAUUUCUGCCCAUUCACGAUCUCUACUUGUGUAUUUGUAUUAACUUUGUGAUCUACUCGCACAAAUACUUAACUUUGGAUUUGGUGUGAACCCAGCAAACAUUUUCAAAAUCUAAUUAAGCAAUAAAAGUCAGAGUAGCGUAUUUAUGACAUUCACAAAUGUUCGUUUAGUUCUUGACCACAGGUGUCAAAUUCAGUUCCUGGAGAUGCUCUGCAUCGCUUAGUUCGGUGUGUUUGCGUAAGUCGACACGGAAAAUGUGCAGAUCUGGUGGUCCUCCAGCAACAGGGUUGAGAAACACUGCUUUAGACCAGUGUUUCUCAACCACGUUCCUGGAGGACCACCAGCACUGCAUGUUUUGUAUGUCUCCUUUGUCUGUCACACCCAUUACAGGUCUUUCAGUCUUAGCUAAUCAGCUGGUGAUCUGAAUCAGGUGUGUUUGGAUAAAGAGACAGGGAAAAUGUACAGAGCUAGUGGUCCUCCGGGAACAUGCUUGAGAAACACUGCUUUAAACCAGGUCUUUCAGUCUCUGUUAAUGAGCCGAUUAUCUGAUUAUCAGGUGUGUUUGGUUAAGGAGACAAUGUGUAGAGCUGGUGGGCCUCCAGGAACGUGGUUGAGAACACUGCUUUAGACAUUUACAGAGAUGCACUGACACCAUUUGUCACCACACGUUUCCUGCGUCAAUAGUUGAAGGAUUCUCAACCUAACUGUCAUUAAAAUCAACUGAAACGCAUGCUGGAAGACCUAUUUAUCACAGAGCUGUGAAAACACAUUUUGAUUGUAAUCGAGAGAGUGGCGUUUCCUGUGAAAGUGCUGUUUGUGUGUUACAUUUCUUUACAUUUUUAGACCAAAGUCCUCUAGAGUGACGCAUCUGGUCUUUGUGACCUUCAAGUGAUCUGUCAUCUGAUUUACACUUCAGCAUAUGGCAGAUGCUGUAUUUCCAUGCAGUUCAUCGCUGUGUUGGCAGAUUACUCUGAAUUUUUGGGGGGGUUUAAGACUGUCACAAGGUUGAAACUUGAGCUGUAAUUUCGACGCUUGUUGACGAGUGUUUCCACACAUGUGCUGAGCUGGACUUUUGUUCUGUUUUUUUAUGUUGUCGAAUGUAUUCCGGCUUCGCGUUCGUUGCUUCACGUCAAUCAGCAGCUUUUACUGUUUGCACAGAAAUUAGAUAAUCAAGACCGUUUGGACAAAAUCCAGAAAGAAUUUGACAUGGAAGAGUGUUUUAAUAAUCUAUUUAGAAACAAAAACCAAAUUAUAAACCAUAAGAAAUAAGUGAAUUCAAAAGUCACAGUUUUGGCAAUCCAGAGAAGUAUUAAAAAUAAAAAUAUUUUAUAGUUUCAUAAAUAAAAAUACAAGAAAAACAGCCUAUGAUAGAUAUAUAUUUUUCUUCUUUUAUACAAUACAUACAUAUCUCAGUACCCUAGUUUCUCAUUCAUGUUCAGCUGAAAGGUUUUAAUACAUGACAGUAUGAAUAUAUGAUGCAAAUAGAGAAGAAUAUCACCAAUUAAAGUGGGAUAAUUGUUUAGGAGGAGUCUGAUUAUUAUGUUAUCGAGCGCUAACGUCAAGAAAAGCUGUGGCCAAAUCCAUUUUGAUGAGUUUGUUUACAUGUAUUCAAGAUGUGACCACAGAUUUAAUAUUCCCCGGGUGUGACAUGAUUUGGAAAAUGUCUUCUGCCACAUGUAAUUGUAUACUCGAAGCACUUUAAGGAGUUUGUAGAUGCUCAAAGACUGUCCAGCUGAAUGUGAGUUCAAUGGCCAAAUUUGCGUGUUGUGUGUCUGUGCACAUCUUUGUAAGCUUCUGUCUUCACAAUGUUUUGUCUGAACCUGUGAUUAAUCUGUGGUCUGUUUUUCAAUAAACCACUUAACCAUUUA